AUGGCGCGGUGGUUGUCAUUCUUUGCAGAAUACAACUUUACGGUCGAGUACAAACCAGGACGACUUAAUGUCGUCGCUGAUGCACUCUCACGUCGUCCCGACUUUGAAACAGUCGCGAAACCCAACAGUGAGACAGUCACUGUUGCGGUUAUGACGUCCUCAGUUCCAUCUACAACGUUGUAUGAUGAUGUGAGGCGGGCAUACGCCCAAGAUGCCGUUUCUGGUGACACACCACGUGUUGUCAUUCCAGAUGAUAUUGAUCUGCGUUUGCGGAUCAUGUUCGAGUAUCACGAUGCUCCUAUAGGAGGACAUCGUGGCCGAGAGAAAACAUAUCUCACGGUAAGUCGAGACUUUUACUGGCCCCGCCAGUAUCAGUUUGUGCGAAAGUAUAUUCGCGCAUGCGAAGUCUGCCAACGAGUGAAGUCAAGUCCUUCACUGCGUGCACCUUUACAGCCUCUACCGGUUCCGGCUGAGUGCUGGGAAUCCAUCUCAAUGGAUUUCGUCUUCGGGUUACCCAAAGACGCACGCGGGAAUACGGGUAUUCUCGUAUUUGUUGACAGACUCAGCAAAAUGGUACACCUUGUGGCUGUACCAGAGACAAUCACGGCAAGUGGCUGUGCUUGUGUCUUUAUUGACACCAUCUUCCGACUUCAUGGGUUGCCCCGUGAACUCGUAUCAGACAGAGAUCCACGAUUCACUGCUGAUUUCUGGCGUUCCGUGUUCAAAUCACUCGGAACGCGCUUGAAGAUGUCGACAUCUGAUCAUCCAGAGUCAGAUGGUCAGACGGAACGUGCCAAUCGUGUCCUUGAAGAGAUACUUCGAGGAUACGUACACUCCUUUAAGAGUUGGAGUGAGUUUUUGCCGAUGGUAGAGUUUGCCAUCAACAACUCGGUGCAUGCGUCCACGACACAUACACCGUUUUACGUGAAUGGCUUGCGCCAUCCGCGUGUACCCACCUUACUCGAGUGUAACUCUGGUUUAAGGGGGGGAGGGACUCGCGCGAGCAAAAACCGAUUUGGUUCACGCUCAUCACGCUCUGACGAAGAAGUCAUUGCGUUUGAUGCCGAUAUCGAUAACAUCGAUAUCGAAGAAGAUGAUGCCAGUGAGAGUGCGGAAGCCCUCACUGAAGACAAUGAUCCCAGUGAGAGUGCGGAAGCCCUCACUGAAGAAAAGGUUGUUGUCGCUGCAGUGCGCUCACAGCACACUGAAGCUAACGAGUCAUCAGAUGAGUUCAUACUGGCUCGUGAAACGGUAGUCCGUUUUGUGCAAGACUCCAUCGCCGAAGCGGUGACUUAG